CCCUCCCACCUCCCCAGCCAAGCGAACUUCGGGGCUGCUUGUACAAUGCAGCUGGAGUGUGGCCAGUGGCCAGGAGGGGGUUUGGAAAGGAGGCACACUCAACACAUCCACACACAGAGAGAGGAGCCAGGCACGCAGGAGGAAAAGUGACUGGAGUGGGGAGGGAGGCACAGAGUUUUUUUUAGGGUAAAGAUUUGCCAUUCACCUCCGCUUGCUGCAGCGGGAAGAGAAUCCAGAUGUGGCAAACUCUCCUGUUUGAAGCUAACUGAGAGUGUGGGCAGCGAGCAACCUCUCUAUGUUGUCAGCACUCGUCCUCUUGACACAUCUAAUCAGUCGGAGAGGAAAGUCGCCGCCAGUACUCUUUUCAUCUUGUUAACAUUAAAGGUUUUUUUUGCCCCCUGUUUGGCUUUUUGUUCGCGGGUUGGGAGGGAGGUGGUGCGGUUGGAAUGCAUUUGUUUGAGAAGCACAGAACAGCCUGAACAUGUGGAAAAUGGCACCUUUGCCAUGCCCUGGUGGGAAGGUGAUGCCGAAUCAAUGAGGCUGCCGCACCAUGGCCAAUGGAACAGGUCCGAGGAGUAUGCUGAAGUGUGUGGUGAUCGGAGACGGGGCAGUGGGCAAAACUUGUUUGCUGAUGAGCUACGCAAACGAUGCUUUUCCAGAGGAAUAUGUGCCCACUGUGUUCGACCAUUAUGCGGUCACUGUCACUGUGGGAGGUAAACAGUAUCUGCUUGGACUUUAUGACACCGCAGGACAGGAAGAUUAUGAUCGUCUGAGACCUUUGUCUUAUCCAAUGACUGAUGUCUUCCUGAUCUGCUUCUCGGUCGUGAAUCCAGCCUCAUUUCAGAACGUACGGGAAGAGUGGGUGCCUGAACUUAAAGAAUAUGCACCAAAUGUUCCAUUCCUAUUAGUUGGAACACAGAUUGAUCUUCGUGAUGACCCAAGAACUUUAACUAGACUAAAUACCCUGAAGGAAAAGCCUGUGACUACAGAGCAAGGGGAGAAGUUGGCAAAGGGGAUUGGAGCAUAUUGUUACGUGGAGUGUUCAGCAUUAACACAGAAAGGACUGAAGACUGUCUUUGAUGAAGCCAUAAUAGCCAUUCUAACUCCAAAGAAAAAUGUUUUGAAAAAAAGACUUGGAUCAAGAUGUAUAAACUGCUGUAUGAUCACAUGAGUGAGGAUACAGGAACAAAAGCUGAUCCAGCCCACUGUGAAGAACCCUCCAGCAACUAUAAAAUAGUGCUUGUAUUACAUAUAAUGUGUGCAUUGCAGCUAAAGAUGGAAGUAAUCUAGAUUCAUCGUCAACCGCACAAGUUUUGUACUGUCUGGAAAAUAAUAGCAAAUUGAUGUCAUAUGGAGGAAUUUAUUUCCCUGGAAAGUACAAUGUCAAAGAUUCUCAGGGGUUGUUUCAUUUGCAAAAGCUACAAUUUUCUUUCCCCCCUUUAAGUUAGGAAGCAAAUCAUCUGAGGCAUGCCACAGAAAUACUUAUUCUGUUCUGGAACAGUGUUCAAGAAAAGUAAACAUUUUUAUUCUACAAAAUAUAGCCUUGGAGAGAUGCCGAUUACCCACAUGUGGUUCUGCAUAGUUCGGAAUGGAGUUGGUUUAACCAAAUGUAUUAGAGCCUUCUCAACAGCUGCUGAAAUCAUCUGCAUUUGUAUGUGAGGUGUUUCUUGUGCCAGUAUAUCCAUAAUGGUGCGAUGACAAGACUGAUAGUGAAUCCAAGUGUUGCUCCAAGUGUACAGGAAAUUGGCCACACCUGUGAACAGUAACAACCAUAAUGAUGGGUUGCACAUGAAGAAACUCUUAAGCACAGAUUUUAAAACAACCUACUCUUUCCUUUUGCCUAACCUGGCUUUAAUCAGACGUUAAAAGUGAAAUCUGUAUAGCAAAGUAUCAAAUUUGUUUCCUAAUGCUGUUCUUUUCUGCAAGUGAGGAACAAGUUUAAAAAAAAAUUUGUACUUUCAUUUUCACCAUUACAGCCAUUUAUACACACACAGAACGUUUCUUAAAAAUUAUGACAAUUUUCUGUAGGGUUCACCUACUUUUGGCAAGUUUACUUAAAGAAUGUUAAACACUAAAACUUAUAUACCACACCUGUAUUAAUCUAGGUUUUUCUUGAGUUUAAAAUGAUUAUAGGAAACAUCCUCUUCUGUAGAAAAUGUGAAAUACAGCGACAUUAAGAGUUGCACGCUGCAUCAAAAAAUAAAGUUUGAUUCCUUUCCCCACCACCUCUCCAUUCAGUGUCCUGAAACUGGAUACUGAGGAUUCAACUUUGUAAUGUUGUUUGAUACAAAAUAAAUGUUAUUAUUUCA